AUGGAGGCUGGUUCAUCUUGUGGUGGUGGUGAUGGUGAUGGUUCAACUGGUGGUGGAGCCGAGACAUUGCCUAGAGAUCCAACAGACGGUGUUGGUGGUGAUGCAGGUGGUUUUUGUGGCAGUGGUGGUGAUGCAAGUGGUUCUUGUGGUGGUGGUGGUGAUGCGGUUUGUUUUUGUGGUUGUGGUGAUAAUGUAGGUUGUUUUUGUGGUGAUGGGGGUGGUUUUUGUGGUACUUGUGGUGAUGCGGUUGGUUUUUGUGGUGGUGGUGGUGAUGAUGAUGAUGAUGUUGGUUCUUGUGGUACUGGCAGUGCUGCGGGUGGUUUUUGUGGUGGUGGUUGUGAUGAUGAUGUUGAUGGUACAACGGGUCGUGGUGGUGGUGCAGGCGAUGGUACAACGGGUCGUGGUGGUGGUGCAGCCGAUGGUACAACGGGUGGUGGUGGUGGUGGUGCAGGUGAUGGUACAACGGGUGGUGGAGUAGGGGGUGUACCCGGAGGCCGAGUUGAUGGUGUAGGUUGUGUUGUUGAUGGUUGGGUUGGGGGCCGAACGGGUGGAUUUCUUGUAGAGGUUCGGGUGGUGGCAGCAGUGGUGCGAGGAGGUGGGACGGAGGGUCUCAACCGCGGAACCCGAAAACGGAAGGCGGUUCGCUGCUGGUCUGUCAUGGUGUGA